GCUUACCUGCUUGUUCUAUCACUAAUCACUGCAGAGAAUUAAACUAGAAAAAUGUGGAAGCUUAGGUUUGGAGACGAAGGUGCAAAUAAUGACCCUUACUUGUUCAGCACAAACAACUUCCAUGGGAGGCAAACAUGGGAGUUCGACCCGGCUGCCGGCACACCUGAAGAGCGAGCAGAGGUCGAAGAAGUUCGGCUAAGUUUUUACAACAAUCGUCACCGGGUCCAGGCUUGUAGUGACCUCCUCUGCCGAAUGCAGCUUCUGGGAGAGAAAAAGUUCAAACAAAAGAUUCCCCAAGUAAAGGUGGAGGAUGGUGAGGACUGUACAUAUAAAAAGGCCACCGCUGCAUUUAGAAGGGCAGCUACCUUCUACUCUGCCUUGCAAUCACCUCACGGCCAUUGGCCUGCUGAAAAUGCCGGUCCCAUGUUUUAUAUUCCUCCCUUGGUCAUAUCGCUCUAUAUUACGGGGCAUCUUAGUAAGGUAUUCUCUGCAGAGCAUUUUAAGGAAAUGCUUCGAUAUAUAUACUGUCAUCAGAACGAGGAUGGUGGGUGGGGAUUACACAUAGAGGGCCCUAGUAUGAUGUUUUGUACACUUCUGAAUUACAUUUGCAUGCGUCUACUUGGAGAAGGACCCGAUGGUGGUUUAAACAACGCUUGUGCAAGAGCACGCAAGUGGAUUCUUGAUCAUGGUGGUGCAACACAUUCAUCAUCCUGGGGAAAGACUUAUAUGGCAAUACUCGGUGUGUAUGAGUGGGAGGGAUGCCACCCGAUUCCCCCAGAGUUUUGGAUUUUCCCUUCUUUGUUCCCUUUGCAUCCAGCAAAAAUGUACUGCUACUGCCGGUUGACUUACUUGCCUACAUCGUAUCUGUUUGGGAAAAGAUUUGUUGGCCCCAUCACCCCUCUCAUUCUACAACUGAGAGAAGAAAUGUACAAUGAGCCAUACAAUGAAAUUCAAUGGGGCAAAGUACGCCAUCUAUGUGCAAAGGAGGAUAACUACUAUCCCCAUGGCAAGUUUCAAUGUUUGAUGUGGGAUACUCUGAACACGGUUUAUGAGCCUCUUCUUUCUUGCUGGCCCUUCAAUAAGUUGAGAGAGAAGGCUCUUCAAGAAACUAUUGAACACAUUCAUUAUGAAGAUGAAAAUAGUCGAUACAUAACAAUUGGAUGUGGGGAAAAGCCAUUAAUGAUGCUUGCUUGCUGGAUUGAAGAUCCGAAUGGAGAACCCUUUAAGAAGCAUCUUGCAAGAGUUAUAGAUUACAUAUGGGUUGCAGAAGAUGGAAUAACUACGCAGAGUUUUGGUAGCCAGGCAUGGGAUGCUAGUCUUUCUGUUCAAGCUUUGCUUGCUGGAAAUCUCACUGAUGAACUUGGAUCUGUACUUCAGAAAGCACAUGAAUUCCUAAAAAAAUCUCAGAUUAGGGAUAAUCCUUCUGGUGACUUCUUAUCUCGGUUCCGUCACAUUUCUAAAGGUGGUUGGACUUUCUCUGACCAAGAUCAUGGAUGGCAAGUUUCUGAUUGUACUGCAGAGUGUUUGAAGUGUUGCCUAUUGCUUUCAAUGAUGCCGACGCAAAUCAUGGGUGAACCAGUUGAAUCUGAGCGCUUGUAUGAUGCUGUCAAUGUCAUACUUUCUCUGCAAAAUUCAAAUGGUGGUGUAUCAGCCUGGCAGCCAACAGGAGCUCCAAAAUGGUUGGAGUGGUUCAAUCCAGUAGAAUUUCUCGAGAAUGUCGUCAUUGAAUACGAGUAUGUUGAGUGCACUUCAUCUUCAAUUCAAGCGUUAGCUUUAUUCAGGAAGUUAUACCCUGGGCAUAGAAAGAAACAUAUCGAUGAUUUCAUCACAAAUGCAGCAUGUUACCUUGAAGACAUGCAGACACCUGAUGGCUCAUGGUAUGGAAGAUGGGGAAUCUGCUUCAUCUAUGGAACAUGGUUUGCAAUCCGAGGGUUGAAGGCUGCUGGUAGAACUUACAAAAAUUGUGAGGCGAUACGCAGAGGUGUUGAAUUUUUACUCAAAAUACAGAGAAAUAAUGGUGGUUGGGGAGAGAGCUAUACUUCUUGUACAAACAAGAUCUAUACACCUCUUCAAGGCGACCGGUCGAAUUUGGUGCAGACUGCAAUGGGACUACUAGGAUUAAUUCAUGGUGGACAGGCCGAGAGAGACCCUACUCCCAUUCACAGAGCUGCGAAGCUUUUGAUUAAUUCUCAAUUGGAAAAUGGAGAUUUCCCCCAACAGGAACUGAUGGGGGUUUUCAAUGUCAAUGCCAUGUUACACUAUGCAGCAUACAGGAAUAUCUUCCCAAUUUGGGCUCUUGGAGAAUAUCGUUCCCUUCCCUCCUUCUGGAUAGAUGUGUAGAUGACUAGAUGUACGUGUUUGUAAAACACUUGUUUAAUAAUGAGAGAUUUGAGAGAGAUUGAUAAGAGAAUUGUGUGUUCCAUUAUUCAGAAUAGGAGCCCUAUAUAUAGGGAUUACA